AGCGCCUAUACCAUAAUUAUAAAAUAUGUAUAAAUCAAUAAUGACAGAAGGGAAUCCUUGUAGACGAGCGAGUAAAAAUUACUUCAUUAUGGAUUGUAAAAAUAUUUGUAUGAUAUUAUUUUGGCAACAGAAUUUCAAUUUGUAUAUUAAAAAAUAUCAUUUUCAGCAAUUAAAUAGACAUAAAUAUGUGUAUAAAAAAAGAAGUCCUAUUCGGAAAUGACGUUUUGUUCAUCUGCCUGCAUUUACACUGAAAACUAUUUUUAUAGCUGUAAUCUAUCUGUUACGUUUUUUGUUUUAUUUAUUGUCUAAAUUUAAGCUUUAUUUCAUUGGUAUAUGUACAAAGGAAGCCGGCCAUUUUUAGUUCUCAUUUGUUCAAACUGGCUGAUUUUGAUUUACCUACGUAAAACGAUUUCUAUCGUCUACUUAAUUACACAUAUUUAAAAUGAUUAACACAAUAUUACAUAAUUUUGAGAUAUUCAUAAAAUGUCAGGUAAAGACAUGAGAUGUCUUUGAUUAAGAAUAAUUUAUUCAAGAAUAUUAGUAGUAGAUACAAGUCAAACUGAAAUACGAAUUUAAUUAUAAAAAGGAAAGUAAAAAUAAAAAUCCACUUUUUUCAUAACCAUAAAUUUUUUUUAAUUAUAAAUGAUUUAAAAAAUUAAGUUUGGUAACUGGUUGACAGUGCGCACACGCGUCAAAAGUAGGUUGUUCAUUAGGUACAUUUUAGAAUAACUUCCACCAUUUGCGAUUAUUCUAACAUGGCCGCAUGUUAGUUACUGAUUUUUCUUUAUUGUUUGCCAACGUUUGUUAAAGAUUUAGUAGUGGUGUUUUAAAAUAAAUUUAGAUUGAUCUUAACGGAUAAUCAUAAUUGAAAAGGAUUUAGUAUAGACAUAUACAGAUAAUUUUUGGAAUAAGUUAUACCGGUCUUGGUCUUGUUGAUCUCCUCCCUAUUGAGGUGAAUUGUCAACUAUAGGUAUUUCUGAUUUCCUACUUUUGAUUAUUUCUCAAAUUGAAUGAUGUUGCAAGAACAUCAUCAUAUAUCCCAAAAUGGAAUGCAAAGGAAUGCCAGAAUGGGGAUGCAACAAAUGGGGCCACCUCCCAAUCAAAGAAUGCUCAUGAGUAUGCCAGCUACUGGUGUUUUGGUUUCUAUGCCUCCUGGGCCUGGACCAACUUUGAUAACGACAACAUCCAUUCCCCAGCAACCACAACAACCUAAGGCAAGUAUGCAACAGCAAGUCUAUCACUAUGAAAACACUGGCCAACCGACAGAAGUAGAUCAACACAGUACAGAACAUCAGAACUGUUCAAACACUAAUACUUUGUCUACGCCCAACUCUACUUUGGCAAACAUAAAAGAAAAAACACCAAUGUGUUUGGUAAAUGAAUUAGCAAGAUACAACAAAAUUCAACACCAGUAUAGACUCACUGGGGAACAAGGACCUGCCCAUAAGAAAAUAUUCACAGUUACAUUGAAACUCGGUAAUGAAGAAUAUGAAGCAGAGGGGCCCAGUAUCAAAAAAGCCCAGCAUUCAGCUGCCGCUCAAGCUCUAGCUAAAACUGAAUUCAAGCAUCCACCACCAAAAACGGUAAGAAAUCGUCCAGGAAAUCGACCAACUAAUCCGGGAGUUGUUACUCCAACUGUUGAACUCAAUGCUCUUGCUAUGAAGAGGGGGGAACGCACUGUAUACGUUGUUGAAAAUGGGGGUGCCCCACCACAUCAGGGAUACUUAAGUCAGCCUGGCUACUAUCCUCGUCAUAACUUAUACAACGCCCAAACACAACCUCAACGUUAUGGCUAUGAUGCUCGUCGUAAUAUUAGAGGUCAUUAUCCGUACCAUGAUAAUCGUUAUUAUGGGCAGUUUAGACCCGGAGCACCUCAUAACCCAGGAGAUCCAUUUACGGUUCGCUUGAGAGUUGGAGAACGAGAAUAUCCUGGACAAGGAUAUACUGUUCAAGCUGCAAGACACGAUGCCGCUUCUAAAGCUAUUGAGCACAUCAAACAACUAGGUAAUCAAGAACAAAGUGAGGGUACAAUGUCUCCUGAUUCUACCCAACAAAUCUCUAAUGAAUCAGUUCAACAAGGCAGUGCUGUAAGUGACAUCAAUUCUGAUCUGAAAUCCCCAAUUUCACUUGUCUACGAAAUUGCUUUGAAAAGAAACCUAAAUGUUCUUUUUGAAGUUUUGAGCGAGAAGGGACCCCCACAUAUGAAGGUAUUCAUUACGCAGUGUCGCGUAGGCACCUUCGUAGCAGAAGGCGAGGGCAACGGGAAGAAAAUAUCAAAGAAACGUGCUGCUGAGAAAAUGUUGGAAGAGCUAUCAAAACUUCCUCCCUUGCCCAACGUUAUCAAUAUUGCGCAAUUAAAGAGAAAACGAGUUACGAACAAAAAGAAGACUCGCAACUUGAUUAAAGUAAAUACAGACAAAUCUACUGAAGUUGUUGAAGAAAUAAACCCUAUAUCUCGUUUGAUUCAAAUUCAACAAGCCAAUAAAGAACGAGAACCUGUUUACACAGUAUUAGAAGAACGUGGAACUCCAAGACGCAGAGAGUUUGUUAUUGAAGCUUCUGUCAAUGGACACUCAUGCACUGGAGUUGGUCCCAACAAGAAGGUUGCUAAACGCAAUGCUGCAGAAGCUCUUCUUAUGGAACUUGGUUACAACAACACCACAAAUACAAACAAACCCAUGAUUAAAGAUAAAGAUGACGUUGCAAAUAUGCAUUCAAGCAUGGAUAAAAAUCGUAAGGUAACUUUUGUUGAGGAAGUUCCAGAAGUUCAACCAACCCAAUCUAUUGGUGGCAGUGGCGGUAGACAGUUGGUUCCGGGGGUUCUAUUGGUGACAGAACAAGCUGGAUUCCAAAAACAAAAAGAUAAUAUGGAGAAGCCUAUACAAUCUCAACAACCUCAAAUAAAAUCUCCAUCUAAUAUAAUUCAAGGUGUACGUUCGAAGGAUAAGCUGCUUUACUUAGCUCAGUUGAUGAAUAUUCAAGUUCAGUUCUCAGAUUUUCCAAAAGCUAAUCAUGAGAUGUUUUUGACUUUGGUUUCUCUGAGCACUAAUCCACCUCAAGUAUGCCAUGGAGAAGGUCCAACAACUGAAACUUCACAUGAAAAAGCUGCUUUAGAGGCUCUGAAGGUCCUUUCUGAAUUGGGUCUCGACAUCGCACCUAAAGACGUUUCUGGUGGACCCGCUGGGAAUGAUAGUGCUUCCCCAGUGGUGUCCAACAAAGGGCCGGUGCACCAAAACGGCGUGAAGAAGUAAACUUUGAACUCAACGUAAACUGUACCAAUGGCCCCCCCCUUUUAGAAUUGCAUCUCCCUUGUUGAUAGCUUUUUUCAGUCAUUGGUACAGAACAUUUAUACAUGAGUUCCAUGUGGCCAUGUAAAAAUUAGCAUACUUCAUAUUCAAAUAACUACGAAUUAUUUAUUUUCUUAUUUCAUGUGAUUUCAUUCAAAUAUGAUGUUAUAUGAAAUGAUUUCAUGUAUUUAUGUAUAAUUCUGGUUAUUGCUUAAGCACCGUAUGUUUCGAGUUGGUGCUACCCAUUUUCGUUUUCGUGGGCUGAAAAUGAAUUUGGGAGACAGUAGUUCAGAAUUGGUUUACAAAAUUCGUGUAUUCAAAUAUACACAUUUAGGGUUCGAAUGUUUAUAGUGUUUCUUAAACAUUUCUAAGUAUUUUAAUCAUCAAAUGUAGAUCAAUGAUAAAUGUAUAAAAUAUAAAGAUUGGACUUCCUAUACAACUGUACCAACAGAAUCUGAUGAAGCUGUAACAAAUUCUUUCAAUUUGUUUAAUCUAGUAUAUUUUCACAAAACUCUUGGUUGUAUUGAAUUUGUUUUAUUCAUUUUAGUAAUGUAACUACGUUUGAGAUGAAUAAAAAGCAAAAUGAUUGUGAAAUUAUAUCUGAUACUCUAUUUAUUAGAGUGAAACUUGCUGGCCGAGUUUAUUUAAAAAACAUAUAUUCGUACAGCUUCAAAGAUUCAAUAGUUCAUUAGUUGUAUAAUUUUGUUUUUUCAUAAUAACCCCUAAGAGCCCAAAUAAUUUUUCUCAACUUCAACUAGUUUUUCAACAUAUUACUAAACUAAUACAAAAAGUACAUUUUUUUUCUAUAUGAACGUUCAUUUAAAAAAAACACGUGUUGCCAAAUGGCAACAUUAGACAAAAAUAAGUACAGAAUCCCAAUAAUCUUAGUAAAAUAGAAAAAAUUAGCUUUUCGUAUGAAAAAUAGGAUUGCAUUCUAUACAAAGUUCUACGUUUCACUUUUUACAAAUUGUUCUCAUUACAGAGCAGCAUCCUUCAUCUGCACAUUAUUUCUUUUUUCUUUAUCUGGUACACUUAUCAGAAAGUGAUCGAGUCUCUGAUGUCAUCGCUUACCCUGUUAAGUGCAAUACUAUUUAUUGAAGUACUAAGCCUUCCGGCAGAUUUAUGGGAAGUUCCAUACCUAGUUAAAUAUACUUGCACUAAUUCGCGUUCAAAUUCCAAUUAAGUCAUUGUUCUUCCACUAUUUCUGUGAAGUAACCAGGCAUUUGGAAUGGAAACGUCGAUUAACCUGGUGAAUAUCCACCACCACCAAUACUCUGUAUCAAUUGAUAUUCUCGUCCAUCAAAUCGAUACCCCCCAUACCUUUAUUAUAUUCGCCGAUUACAUGUGGUCUAUUGAUAUGUAUGAUUUUUUCUUCAGUUUUUGCGUGCCGUUUUAUUAUCGAAGUGGGAUGGGUACCAAAACAGAUGCUCGCUAUGGUAACAACAUUGUUGUCUAACCAUCUACUUAAGAAAACUCCUUUCUUUCGCUUUAGCGUACAUUCGUGCGCUCCUCUUUUAUAUUGUUUACUCAUGAUUAUUUUGUUAGGUAGACUAGCAGAUUGAAAUUUGUAAAAAGGUUAUCAAAGAAGAAGCUAUAUGACAAGUGUUUCUCCUUUGCAUUUCUGUUAACAUUGAAACAAAUGGGGUGUACACUUACCAAAAAACUGCUCGUCUUCAGAACUGCAGAUUUUAUUUUUACCCUGGUACAUAUCACGGCUAACAAGAUAUCCAGAUGUAGCAUUGAUGCACUAAAUUUUAAAACCAAACCUGAUAGUUUGACCACGGAUGCAUUGCUUACUUGGAUAACUGCCAAAAUAUUUGAUUUUUGAUUCAUUAUAGUUUAGGUUUUGCUAGGGACAAUUUUUUUAAGAAACCUUUGAUUCAGCAUAUUUAAGAGUGGCCGUAAUUUAAAAAGCUUAUCGUUUUUCUCAACUGCGUUAUUACUCGUAUAUUGUAUAAAUUGUGCAAAAUCGAUUUUUAUUGUGCAUAUCACCUUGGGUGUCCCAAUAACUACCUUUUCCGGGGAGAAUGUUAUACCCACUAAGAACAAGAAUUCCAAUAAAGCAUUUCAGUUCAUCAACUUUGUUGUUUGGAUCAGGAUAGUUUUUAAAAAGUGCAUAAUCUCGUGUCUCUCAUGCAAAUGUUUGAAAACAUCUUCAUCGAACAACAGGAGACAUAAUAUUGGUUGUAGUCUGGUUCGGGCAAGGAUUUAGACAUAGGUUGAAGGACGCCAACAGAUCAACGGUUAUUUUUUUCUACAGUAUCUGAAACUGAAAAUAGAUUUUUAGGUUCCUCUUCUGAUGGUCUUACUUCGGUGCUGUUUUUGAAGAUUUCAGUUUGAUCCACUUCUGUGAUACAUGGUUUUCCUUUAGUAUUGAUAUCGUUGGUCAUAUAUUCUUUAGUAGGACCAAUUCCGCACCAACUGCUAAUUGGCGACCAGGAAGCCUAUCUAUGUUACAAUCAUUGUAAUCUUCAUCCCCCGAUUAUUCAUUAGUAACAGAACUAGAUUCGGGAGCUUCCUCUAAAGUAAAGCCGCUUCUGAAAAAAAAUGUGAAAAAUUUGCAUAUUAUUUCACAUCGAAACAUGUGCAGGUGUUAACACAAAUCGGUAUUUUCAAUAAAUUUUCUCAUAGAAACAUGUAUUCGUGUUUACUUAUGUACCACAUUACAAAAAUAUGAAUAUUUGUUUCUGGUGAAAAGAGAAUGUACCGUAUAUCCAUUUUUAUCGGCACGGAUACGAGGAGUAGACAAGACGUUAUACACAUCCAAGUAAAUAUAUAAGCUGCCAUCUAUCCAAUACUUUCUUAAGCUAUAUUGAAAUUCGCGCUGUAAAAUUAUAUAUUUACUGUGGCUAUUUGGAAACACUAGGCCUUAAUGGGUUAGCCUACAUUUACAACAAAGGGUUAUGAGCUGAAUAAUGCCCUAAAUUUUUAUAUACUUUUUCGAUAGCUUUUGUUAUCUACUCUUAAGACAUGUUACAAGUUUAGUACUUAUAAAGUUCACUUAUGUCUUCGAACAAUAAUUGUGAUCUUAAGAAUGCUGAGUUAUGUUAGUUAAAGUGUUUUUUUGGUAUGUCUAGGGUAACAUUAGACUUUUUGAACUCUAGGUGGUUUGGAGAAGUUCUCUCAAACUUCCUUUUGAUAGUUUGGAAUUGAUUUUACGCUAAAGCUUUUUAUAUCAGGACAAAGAAUUGUGUUUUGCUUGUGGAUAUAUGUCUGUCUGUGUUAAUGAAACUAAAGUAUCUUUUUGUUUGUGCACAGAUUGUGGAUCAUGCUUUUUUAUUUAAGAUUUGGACAAGAAUUAAAUAUUCCAAAUUCUUGAGAAUGCUUUCAACACUAUUCAAGUCCCAUAAUGGAUUGAUUAGUUUCAUAGAAUAUACUUGAAUUAAGUAUAAGGGUUUGAUGAGAUCAAAGGUCUAAUAGAAUAAGCGUGACGAAAUAUAUUGUUUCAAUAUUGAGGCACAUUAUGAUUUUUAUUUGACAUUAGACCAUUAACUGAUUUGAUUAGAAUAUGAUAUUUUACUAAUUUUUUUUAUAUUUAGGAUUGAACAAGUAAAAAUAGAAAAUACUCAGAAAUGGUUAAAUAACGCUCUUAGUUGUAUCUUAUUCCAAUAUUUCAUGUAGAUAUUUUAACAAAUAAUAAUAUAUAUGAAAUACUUUGAAGUGUCCACAUUGUGAGUAACAUAGAAUACAUGUUAUAAUUGUUACAAUGAUUUCGGACCCUAAUAUUAAUCAAUAUUAUUAUUAUGUUAUAUCGUUUUUAAAGCUAGUAUUUGCUAACCAUUUUCUGACAAAAUGCAUGUAUAUUUAUAUAUUGUCAGUGAAUGAGAUAAAGUUAGUUGUUCUCUCUAGAUGCGAUGCAAUUCUGAUCUGCUGAUCAAUACACUUUUUUGGAGAUUGAUUUCAGUAUUCCAGGGGCUUUGAUUUUGUUUAUAGUGUAUUAAGUGUAAACAAACUUAUUAUGAGAUGGUAAUUGAAUUGUGUAAUAUGAUGAAUACUUGAUUUAUUAAUUUAUUAACUUGAAUGUUUGCGUUAUGAAAUUGCCUCCAAAAAGAAUUUGAAAUCAAUAAACAUUCUACACAAAUAAAAAAAA